GAGUUGUUAUGGAACAGUGGGUGCUCUAAACCAAGAAACAGUCCGUGAACUUUACAUAUAGACUGCACGGAUACCUCUAAUUUAUCGCUUUACUAAAGUCCUGAAAUGCAACAUUUGCUCCUCCAGUUGCCUAGCAACUAGCCGGCAGCGUGUUGUCAAACAAAUCACACAAUCAUUAUUAGCGUUAGCUGACGUUAGCUCGGUCAAGUUAACUAACGUUAGCUAGUCAGCGUUAGGUGGACUUAAUUACGGUAUAUUUAAAAUCAUUCGCCUGUUUGAAGUCCUUCAAAAUGUCUAAAGUUGUGUACCCACCAGAAAGCGUCUACAAUCUCAUUCCAAAGGAAGAGGUUCAUGCUAAAAAAACGCAAAGGUAUAUGUCCAAGUAUCGGCCGGCAGUUGUUCUUGAGAAAAAGUUGACCAAGGAUGCAAUGAGGACAAUGGGACCAGCAAAAGUAGAGGUGCCUUCCCCAGAGAAAUACCUCAAGAAGCAUUCAAAAGAGCCCAAAUUUCCUGAAAAGACGCAGCGUUCGAAUGAGGAUCGUAACACCUGCACUGUGAAGAAACCAGCCGUUCCUGCGAGAACAGACAACCCACCUAUGGGCAUUCAAACCAAGAGAGACUUUAUAAAGACGGCUACAGCGGUGCCAAUGAAACCUCAGCCUACCUGGGUGGACACCAGUAAGGGACACAAGCAGCUCCUGGAGAAUUCAGGACUUGUCCCCAAAUACAUCAAGAAAAAGCACUACGGAGAAGUACCUGUGUACCUGCAGCAGCGCAAUGAAGAAGAGCAGAGAGCUCAGGAGGAGUAUAACAACUAUGUGAAAGAACAGAGGGAGCAGGGAGCCAUGAACCACCUGUCUGAUGAGGAUCGACAAGCCGUCCUGGAGGGCCUGAAGAAGAACUGGGACGAGCUGCACCACGAGUACCAGGGCCUCUCACUCGUCACAGACAACCUGUCCAAGAAGUCCCAGAAGCAGCGUCUCGAAGUGGCGAUGAAGCAGCUGGAGAACGACAUCGACCUCUUUGAGAGGUUCAAGACCAUCUACAUACCCAAUAACUAGGACAUAAAAAAAACUGGAUUAAAUCAGAUGUACUGCAUGUCGUGAGACCCCCCCUCCCCCACCACCACCACCCUUACUUCAAAUACCAAAUGAGCUUUAGUACAAUGAAAUGAUGUAUUUGUAUAUUCUCAUUAUCUGUCAUAUGAACAAUGAAACAAUGCUAAAACUCCAAAGCCCAGCUAACUGCAAAUUAUAGAAUCAUUCCGAAUUACCUUCUGGGGAACAUGUAAAUUCAUAACCAAUUUAAUAGCAGUCUUAGCCAGUCAUUGAGUGAACAAAUGCAAUUCUUAGGUCUACUGCUAGUUGGGCAAACAAGUCUUUUUAAAGUAAUGUACUCUUUCUAAUUUUUCCGUUAGUUUAAAGUAACAUUUGUAGAGAUAUUACAUUUUGAGCUUGAGAAAAUAAACAAUUUUUUCUCUGUU